CCGCAUUUUUCAGAAGGGCUGCGCACUUCCUGUUUGCUGUCAACACAGUGUUAGUGAUGGCGUUUUUCACUCGAUCACUGCAGGACUUGCCAACAAUAUCUGUUAAUGAUGUCUACAGAAUUAUUCAGACUUUCUCGAAAGCGCCCACAUCUAAAAAGGACAAAGGAUUCAAGCUUUAUGUGUCCAACUACAUAAAUAAGUACGAAGUUUCAAACAAGGAGGCAGGAGAAGUCACAGUUAGGGCUGAGUGUUUCCAGUCAACGAGGAAAAGCCAGAAGCCCCACUGUUUGAGUAUGGUGCUGAGGGAAUCAAAGCCGGUGGAGUUUCAGGGAUGUCAGUGCACCUGUGUGGCAGGUACAGUCCUGUGCAGCCAUGUGGCAGCUCUGCUGUUCCAGACGGCUCACUACUCCCAGUUGAAGCUUCCAGCUGUUCCUCCAGUCCUAAGCUGCACAGACACCGAACAAAAGUGGCAUAAACCGAGGACAAUGGGCAUAAAACCUGGUCCAGUUAAGGACAUGGUCGUCCUGUCAGCAAAACCAAGAGAGAGGAAAAUCUUUGAAGGAAUUAGAAGCAACUUGUAUAAAGGCACUACCAGCCCUCUGCCACUCAUCUCCACCCUAAGGAUACAGGAUGUGUACCGGGGACUUCCAGCUGAAGAAGCACCAAUGAUCACCACAAUGGCUGUCUCCAACGAUGUCCCUCUUGUUGACUCUUUGUUUGGUCCAGUACAAGAGGGAAGUGUUCUGUCAUAUCAGCUGCCAGCAAAGGUAGUUCCCAGGACCCGUCCACACCAACACGUCCUCUUACAUAAUGAUUAGGGAUGGUAGGCAGGCACUCAAACGUACACACCCAUAUUACUGGCAAAUCCAGGGACAAAUGCUAAUUUCAGGGUGUGACUGGUGUGACUUUGUCAUUUACACAGAAAAUGACAUGUUUAUUGAGAGGGUUCCCCGUGACAUGGAAGAACUGCAAACCAUAAAACAAAAGGUUGACCAUUUCUUUUUUUAUUUUUACCUCAGCGCUUGCCUGGCAAAUUAAGGUAACAUAGUCAAAUUUUAACCUUUGCAUAUAUAAUUGAAAAUACUGUUAAUACUUGUGUCAUGUUCCUUCCAUUUAUAUUAUUUUUAAGCAGUUAGAUUUAUGUAUUUCUCUUUAAGGUCAGAUACAAUUUAUUCUGUUUGAAAUUAGCUAUUAGGCUGUUAUAAUCAUACCCUCUUUGUGAACUGUGUUUUUCUGUUUCAACAGUUUGCAUUCACUAGAUG